AUGAAUAAUAAUACUAGGAUACCCGCACCGUUUUCCUUCCACACAGAGUCUGGGAAUUCACCGACUCGGAGUAAGAAACGAUAUAAGAUGUCAACAACAACAACAACAACAUCGCAUAUAAAUGGACAUGGUUCGUUAUUAAAUGAUAUAACAAAUAGGACGCCUAGCGCAAUUGGUGGUUUGAAGAUGUCGUUUGGAGAUCAAAGUGCAGUUGAAUUAGUGAAAAGUCGACAGAGAAAAAUAUUUAAAGAUAUUGCACAUUUUAAAAACGCUAUUAUUGAAAUUGAAAAAGAAAUUGACAAUUUAAAUAAGGUUUUAAUCCCCGAUGUGAUUAAGCUUGAUAAUCAAAGACGUAAUGAUAUUGUUUUGGUAAAUGAUGAAAUUUUACAAUUAAAUAAUGAAGUUAAUGAAACUAAGUUAUCAUUGGAAUCACUUUAUAGAAAUGAUGAAUUAGAAAAUAAUAAUUUACAAUUAGCACAUUCAAUAAAAGUAACUACUUUUGAGAAUGAAUUAGAAGAUCAAAAGUAUAAAUAUAUUGUUGAACGUGAAAAGGAUUUAUUUGAAACUGAAAAUAUGAAACCAAAUGAACAAUGGGAAAUUGAAAUGAUUGCAUUAAAGGAACAAUUUGAACAAGUAACUAGAGAAUUAAAUGAUAUUACGGAAUCAAAUAAUCAAAUUUGUAAAGAAUAUGAAAAAUCCGGACCUGUUGUCAUUGAAUUUGAAAAUUUUAAACAAAAGAAAACACAAGAAAUGAAUGAUUUGUUAAUUCAACAUCAAAGUUUAAAAGAUAAACAUAUUGAAUUAGAAAAAGAUGUCAAUGAAAAUGAAUUGAAAAGAAAUAAUUUAUCACAAGAAUUAAAUCAAAUGAAUCAACAAAUUAUUGAUUGUGAAAAAUCAAUUGAAAUUACAACUAAUUUAAAUUUAAAACAUUCCAAAGAAUUAACCGCAAAGGAAAAAGAAUACCAAAUAUUAUCUAAAGAAUUACAACAAAUUACUGAUAAAUUUAAAAUAUCUAGUGAUAAAGAUUUAUUGCAAUCAGGCAAAUUAAUCAGGGAACAAAAAUUACGUAAAAAAUUAUCUUUAUCGAUUGCUCAAAUUAAUCACAAAAUACCCAUUGUAACAUUUACUGAUGUGGCAUCAUCAAGUCAUGAGCAUCCAUUAUCUAAUACUACGAUAAAUUUCAAAAAUAAUCCUUUAAUUACAAACAUUUCUGAUCUAAUCCAGUAUGAAAUUCAACCAUUAUAUGAUUUUUAUGAACCAAAAUAUCGUAAUUCUUUGACAAUAUUCUAUGUUUCCGAAUCAUCAACAACAAAAUUCGUUCCAAAAUUUAUUGAUUUCUUACAGGGUAAUUAUUCUAUUUCAGCGACCAAGAUGGAAACGGACACUAAUAAUCAAUUUAAAUCGAUCGAUAUAGAAGAUAUCAAUAAAAUCACCGAACAUUCAUCUUCAAUGUUUAAAUUUGAAUUAUCAAUAACUGAUCAAUUUUUCCAAGAGAUUACUCUUGUACCCGUUCAAUCUAUAUCUGAGAUAGAAGGAUUAACGAAAUCAUUAAUCAGAGAAAAAGAUAAUCAUAAUGAAAUUAAAGGUACAUUACCAUAUAAUGAAAUGAUACGAAAAGGUAAAUCGAUAUUCAUAUGUAACACUAAUAACACUAGUGGAGAAGAAAUCAGGAGGCUAUGCAAAUAUUUACAAUACAUGACUAUCAAAUAG